CAAACGUUGAGCUCAUUACCCAUUCAUUCACAUUAGCAACUUCUGAGGUUUCUUCGUGUGUUGGUUCAGAGUAGCCACCAAUGGCAUGUAGUUCAGGGACCUGCCAAUCGGGUUGCUACCGGAACGAAUAUUCCGGCGGAGAAGACGAUCAGAAGAAACAUAAGGCGGCGGACAAUGGGGUCGAGCCCAAUCUUGCUUCCCCUCGCGGCGGCGAUUUGAGUGUUCGCAGCAUCUGCGUUAAAUGCAAGGUUACCGAGGCCAUGGUCUCUACGCACCCCGCGGUUGCUGGAGGCGGCGGUGGAGGAGACGGAGGAAGAUACUGCGCCGAUUGCUUCCGGAGUAAUUUGUUCGGGAAGUUCAGGUUCGCCGUCACUUCGAAUGCAAUGAUUUCGCCGUCCGAUAAACUUCUCGUUGCAUUCUCCGGCGGUUCUUCCUCUAGGGUGGCUCUUCAAUUUGUUCAUGAGAUGCAACAAAAAGCCCAAAAGAAUUACGAUGCAAGUAGGGAAAAAACAUUGCCCGUAUUUCAAGUCGGGGUCGCUUAUAUUGAUGAAACUGCCAUUUAUCCAAUACCUUCUAGUGAUCACGAGAGAUCCCUUGAUGAGAUGAGACUGGUUGUUUCAAAUUUAGCUCCUCCAGAGAAACAGUUUUUGGUCGUCCCAACUGAAAGUAUUUAUAAACCUGAUUUUAGUGCUGGGACUGGGAGAGAUCGAUUGACCAGUUUAAUUUCUGCAGUAGAUGAUGUUACUGGAAAAGAAGAUCUAGUAGAGCAUCUCCGCAUGCAAUGUUUGCAAAAGGCUGCUUUUGAAAAUGGAUACACCAAAAUCAUUCUGGGAACGUGCACAUCCCGAAUAGCUUGUCGUGUCCUUGAAGCAACUGUCAAGGGCCAAGGUUUCUCAUUAGCUGCAGAUAUACAGUAUGUCGAUGCCAGGUGGAAAGUACCAGUGAUGCUUCCACUUCGUGACUGUCUAUCUGAAGAACUGAAUAUGUUAUGCACUCUAGACAGUUUGAAGACUUUAGAUGCAUUCAAGCGACCUCAUUCUGGCAUCAACGGCUUAAUAUCCUCAUUUGUUAAAUUAUUGAAGGAGGAAAAUCCGUCUCGAGAAAGCACAAUUGUACGAACUGCAGGGAAGCUCACACCGUUUUGUUUUAACAGAACACCGGAAAAUAAUGAUGAAGAUACUCAGUUGGCUUCUAAGAGGAGGCAGAAGAAAUACAACUUGAAGCCUUACAGCGAAUCAUUGAUCCAAGAAUCGUUUUGUGUUGUUUGCAAAAGCCCACUAAAGGAACCCAACAGCUCGAGUCUUAACAGCUUUGACAAUCGGGAAAAAAGUGCGAAAAUCCACUCGGAUGCUUGCUCAAGUUGCCAGUUCCAGAUUCUUCCAAAGGAUACUUCAUCUCUCGAGUACUUCUUAUCUCUGCUUCCAAUGUCAAUAGCAGUAAACCUUUCUAAGGAUAAUCGAGACAGCCACGAGUUGCUUAGAUUAGCCUUGCGCUGCUCCAUAGUUAUUGCCCGAGUAAAGAGUCGAAGGCAACUUUCAUGCAUUGCAAUAACAUCUUCAAUCGAUAACUUGUCCGAAACUCAGAAUGGAAAGUUAAAAAUGGAGCCAACUGGGUAA